UGCUUAAUUCAUCCUUUUUGGUAAAUAAUUAAGGUAAUGGAUCCAGUAUUGGAUAGCGAAUGGCUUGGAUCAAAAAAUGAUUCAAUUGAAGAAGCCCAAAGUGUGGGCAAUAUUGUUAGAAGUUGGCAGUGGAGGGAACGCGGAAUUGACCCGUUGAACUCUCCUUCAAACAAAACUGUUCUAGAAAAUGUUGCUGAGGAUAUCCUAGUACAGAAACCUCUUAAAAUAAGAUGCUGUGAUUUGCCUGGAUAUCCUAGAUCAACAUAUCUCAUGGUAUUUAGUCCCGAUGGAACUAAGGUAGCAUCUACACAUGGAAACCACAAUGUAUAUGUAUCAGAGUUGGCUAGUGGUAAACAUGUGAGGAUACUGAAAGGCCAUCCACGAACACCAUGGUGUAUUGCAUUCCAUCCUUCGCACCCGCAACUCAUAGGAUCUGGCUGCCUCGGUGGUCAAGUUAGAGUUUGGGAUAUUUCAAGCGGUGGAAGCGAAGUUUGGAAUGUACGCAAUGAAACAGUAAUAGCUUCUAUAGCAUUCCAUCCUCGAGAACAGUUAUUGGUGAUCGGCACAUACAAUGAACUAUAUUUUUGGGAUUGGAGUCAGCCUGCACCUUUCACCAAAGUUUCGACGAAUAACGUUCAAGAAAAAGUCAGAUAUGUGGCUUUUGAUUCUCUCGGUUAUAAAUUAAUAACUGGAAUAUCAUUACGAGCAACAGCAGUAGGAGUGGGUAGCUCUGUUUUGCAACAGAAUUCAAUCUUAAACCCUCCUAACAACCAAAGCAAUACUAGAAGAGAUGACACUGACAAUAACGGUCCAGGAAACAACAGGCCACAAGAUAACUCUAAUUCUACGCAGGAUAUUAUAGUGAAUUCUUAUCAAAAUUUAGUACAAAGAUAUGAUAGCCUCGUGAGAAAUUAUCAACGAUUAUUUAUGGUGCGGCACAGACUGACGGUCACACCACCCCCUCCUAGCACGAUGGACAGAGGCACGGAUCCGAUGGAAACAGAUCCAACACCUGAAGCAAAUAGUAUAACACAAACACCUCAAACUGCACCACAGGAUACAGAUGAGAGUCCUUCCUUAAAUACUUCCAAUACAAACCAAGAUACCAAUGAAAAUGUUGACAACGCAGGAAGUAGCCGUCUUUUUAAUCUUGACGCUUUAUCUUUUGACAGUGCCCCAUCUAGGGAACGAAAUUUAGAUCGUCACGUAAAUUCUUUAUUUGGAUCGCGACCGUCUGCAUUUCAUCCCCUCAACAAUAGUCCUGGUCGAUCGUUUCGAACUGUCGAUCAAAAUGAAAGAGCGUCCAGGCUUUUACCAAAUCCAUUUUCUUCUACCAAUGGGUCACAACGAUCUAACUUAACAUCCUUUUCAAGCAGUCCAUCUUCACAACAAUCAACAAUAACCGACAAUGUUUCUAAUUCGUCGCGUACUAGCGUAUUUCCAGCAUAUAGACCUGAUUCUCCAUCGAUUCUUGAUCUAUCAUCGCGCAGGUGGAAUAGUGGUCGAAGAAUUUUUGUAACCCUGCCAAAUGAAAGUUCUUCCACUCUCACAGACAACGUCUCUCCAACUAAUUCUUCUGCUCGAGAAACACCUGACACACCAACAAAUUCCAAUCAGAGACCCUCAACUUCCUAUUCCUCGGGGCAGAACCAAUCUUCAACGCCUGUAGAUGCACAAACCAUAAACGAAAGUCUCGACUUAAUUCGAGAUAUUUUAAGAGAUUCUGGUACGAGGCUUUUGAAUCUGAUUACAAAUAUGUCACUCUCAACCUUAGCCAGUGUCGAGGAUGAGUUACCUCGUCGUACCAGAGCAACUAGGACGCAGUCUGAUAACAACAAUGAAGGCGAGCGAACGCCACAGCCAGCGCCACGGCGACGUUUACUUAUCUCACACUUACGUCAGGAAUUACUUUCCUCUAGUUCUGAAUCUGAUAGUGACCAGUCUCCGGAAGUUAAUAUUUUGAGAACAAGAAAUUCUACGUUUAGAGAAGAAGAUUCCGCAGAAGUUGAAAGGUCUCCUGGUGAACCUUCAACCUCCACUGCCUCUGAGAGCCCUAUGAAUCCUACCGACAGAUUAGUCUUCGACCUUGGAGACGCGCGAAAUUCUAAUUCUGAAUCAGGAGGUAUUAAUGUUACGACAAAUAGUAGUCGGUUUCGGGUUCGGACUCAAAGUAAUAAUCCUGAUCAAGGUCCAAGCACAUCUAAUAGUGAAAGUUUUAAUACAUCUGAAAAUUUCACUCAAAACAGUGCUAGUGAAUUCAAUACUAACAGACCAUCUACUAGUAGAGACAAUUUUUGGGCAAACGGUUGCGUAGUUCCACCAGAUGAGGCCUUUAGAAAAGUUAGAGGGGGAGUAAACGCAUUACAGAAGCACACGAUGCAGCUAACCAAUAUGUGGGUGCGGGGUAAUCGGACGACGAUGCUUGAAUUGCGUAAUAUGUGGGAAAAUCUUCGCAGAAGAAUAUUAAUGCUACAUAGAGAAACGGGUCGACAAGAUUUACCGAGCUACUAUACAAGGUCACUUUUAGAAAGAUGUAUGAUGUUGACUGAAAUGACCGACAUUUCCCGAGCGUCCAGAGGUGUAAGACCACCGAAUAGUAAUAGCCAAGAAAAUUCAGAGAGCGUUAGGAGCUCUGAAAAUCUUCCUGAUGAGCCCAUAACUUCAGAAAGCUCUAGUAUUCCAACUGAACCAGAACAAAGUACUUCUAGAAAUAGUUCAAAUGAUAACCGUCAAUCGCAGACGAGUAGAACUUCUCAGAGCAGACCUAAUAUUCGUUCUUCUCCCUCGCUUCGGAGAAGAUUACAGCCUAGCUAUAGAUGGAGAACAGAAGAUGAUAUUAGACGACGUAUUCGAAAUUCCGCUGCUUCUCGAUUAUCCCGUAGGUACUUAAACCGGCCACGGGGAGAAUUUGCAAGAGCUAUAGAAAUAAGCGCAACAAGGCACGAAAUUCGUAUGCGAGCAAUGCAAGUUCUCUCAGUUAUGUUUAACAUGAUGAUGAUGUGUUUGGAGGAACGUGGUCUGAGCCAACUCAUUAUAAGUAUGCUCCGUACUUUAAAAAAGGCAUUGGCUCUAACAUGUUUAAUGUUAAUGACAAACAGAAACAAUGGACGCUCCAGUAACAGUUCAUCGCCUCAACGAGUUGAUUCCCCGAACGUCAUUCGCUUGGAGAAUGUCGAUCACACUGGUCCAGUAAAUGUAGAUAGUCCCGACGAAGCGACGCAACAAGUAGUUACAGAAACACAAGAAGAUCAAUUACAAAACAAUGCUAACAAACGUUUGAAAAAAGAAGCAACUCCUACAUCUCAACCGACUCCGGCAGAAAACAACACCCGUGAUAACACAAAUCUACCCUCUGCACCUAUUGCAACUCAAAGCAGUGUCAGUCAAAAAUGGAGUAAUAGACUCGCAGUACAAAUUGCUGCUGCAAAUAGAAAUAAUUCUGCUACCGCUAGAAACAGAAGAGAGUUAUAUAUCGAAAGUAGACGGCUUAAAGCGUUACACAAAACUAAUCCAAACGCUCAUCCAAUUAUUAAAAAGAAAGCACUUCCACCUGUUUCAACAUAUAGAAUUCCGACGUUGCGUAUACAACCAAAUAGAGGAAUCCCUAGGCGUUUAACAACGUCAAGACCCGAAUCUCAAAACGCAGAACCAGAAGCCGGUCCUUCCGGUAUUUUAUCCAACAGUGCAUCUACUGGUCCUUCAAGGUUGCCUCCAGAUGUGAUGAAUGAGUUCGAACACAGAAUUAAUAUAAUAAGAAUGGCGCACAUGCAAGCAGUUAGAUUAAGAAAUGCAGCAAGGAGCAGAUUCCGGCGACUACAGACAAUACGCCUUUACACUCCAUCUUCAGUUCGGGAAAUGUUCACCUUGCAACCGGAAAAUGAAAACCAUCACGAAAACCAAUCUCCAUUGCAAAGCAACACAGAUGCUAAUCGUCGUUCCGUUACUUCUUACGACUACAGACCCCAUAUUCUCACUCGCGAACGCAUUUUCUACAGAGGAUCUGGCGUGAGGCCAUUUCAGGAGUCUGGACAAUUCCAUGCGGUCCUAAGCAACGCGUCAGUACCAUUGAUGCAGGAUGGCGAUGCCGAUGGCAGUAGUCCAGAUGCUCAGGGUAAUCAAAACCAGAGACUGCCUAGAAUUCACGAAUAUUUGCAACCGAUAAUUCUAGCUCAAAACGCUAUGGUAGUGGAUGAUGAGGGCAAUGGCCCCGGUGGUGCGAUGCCCGCAGUGGGUAGCGGCCUGGGGGGGAUGCGGCGCAUGACUGGUAUGGCCGGCCUAUUGGACGCUGGCAUAAUUUCGGAGGCCCUCCCCGCGUCAUCGCACCGGGUACAAGCUUGGGAUUUCACCACUGGUAACACUCCAGACAUUGCUGACAGUUCGAAGAAUGUGGUGGUACAGAGAUGCAGAAUUCAUAAUGAUGCAAGUAUCGACAUAUCAAAAGAUGGAAGACUUCUGGUUGCCUUGUUACCAGUGCCUCGACUGCGAAAUACUAAUCACUGGUUAGGCGUGUACUCGCUGGAGUGGGCGCGGCUGGGGCAGUGCCUGCACACGGCGGCGCUGGAGCAGAGCGCGGUGUCGGUGGCGCUGUCGCCCACGGCGCGCCACCUGGCCGUGGGGCUGGGCUCGCGCCGCUUCUCCAGCGCUCCGCACGCGCGCGCCAACGUCUUCGCGCUGCUCUACCGCCUCGACCCACGAGAUAGUUCGAGUCGUACCGGUCUGUCACCAAUCAAGGAACUGGAACAGACUUGGGAGCACGGGUUCACCAGUCUCAACUGUCUCCGAUGGGCUCCACAGCCCGGUCAAGGACUCGUCUAUGCCAACAACACCGGACAACUCAUCAUUAUGAGCUAAACAAGUCAAACAUUCUGGAAUCUAUCAUUAUAUGAAUAUACAUAUUGGGGACUGUAUGUGUAAGUUUGGUAAAAUGAAAUCUGAGCUUGAUAUACACCUAACAACCUUGACAAGGGCUUGUUUAUGCCAUUAACUUAUGACUAAUCUUAUGAGUUUAACUAGAAUGUUCUAGUAUGUUCCUUUCAAUAAAUUCACAUACUAAGAAUUUUAAUAACUCCAUUUUUCUGCCAUGUAUUUUUAAUACCUAUAGAUUAUUAUAUAAUGUAAUGUGGUUCGUUAACUGGCCGAACCUUAAUUCGACAUCGAAGUCAACUAUACCAAAUGUUUUUGAUAGCUUACAAGUUGUACAAGAAGACUAUAUAAAUUUAUUUAAAUAA